ACUAUUUACGAUAAUAGUUAUAGAAAUUGAUGUCUGAGUCCCACAUCUUUUUUAACUUCCCAUGUCAAAGUCAUCGGUUGUUGUGCUUGAAUAUUGCAGGUUCCUCAUCCCCAUUACUUAGAUCUCAGCUACUGCCUACCCAAACCCACAACCGUUUCCUCCUCUAUUUUCCCAUCGUAGCUACGUUCAGUCCACAAAAUAAACCUUUUCCACUUCUUCACUCUUUGUCUCCUACUCCCCUCUGAUCAUCUUCUGCUCCGCAUUGGCUUGUUGUUUGUAACAACAGUUUCCUUGUUUCCUAAUUAUUAUUUGAAUCUGCUCCCCUCUUAUUCUAUCACAUGCACUUUUUGCUUGAGUUUUGAAUACCCCUUUCCCAAGAAAAACAUGGAAGUUAUUACGGGCACGGCUAGCAACCUUGUUGCCGGAGUUGCGGGAUACGUGUUCCAAAAAGUUAGACGUAAUUUCAGCUAUGUUUGCCGCUAUAGAAGAAUGGUUUCGGGUUUCGAGAAGAAAGUCGAGACGUUGAAAGACAAAAGAGACGGAGUGCUGCUAGAUGUUGAUGCUGCUGAAAAGAACGGUGAGAAUAUAUACCCCGAAGUCAACAAUUGGCUGGCGAAAGCCGACCAAAUGACUGAUUCAGAGUUGAAGGAAGUGAAGGGUCUUGAAGACGAAGCAAAGAACAAGUGUUUCAUCGGCUUGUGCCCUAAAUUCAAGGCUCGCUAUCAGCUUAGCAAGAAAGCAGAAGAAGAUGCCGCUGCCGUUGAUGAACUCCUCCAGCAAGGCGGGUUUGACAAAGUAUCAUAUCGGGAUGUCCCGCAGCCCAUAUUGUUUGUAUCUCCUAAAGAGUUUGAGGACUUUGAUUCAAGAAGGCUGAUGUUUAACAAAAUCAUGGAGGCGGUGAAAGAUCCUAAUGUCAACAUAAUAGGAGUGCACGGAAUGCCUGGUGUUGGCAAGACUACGCUUGUGAAAGAAGUUGUCAGACAAGUCAAAGAAGAUAAGUUAUUCGACUCGGUGGUUAUGGCUGUUGUGACUCAUACUCCUGACGUCCAGAAAAUUCAAGAUCAAAUUGCAGAUAUGUUGGGAUUGAAAUUUGAGGAGCAAAGUAUGACUGGUAGAGCAAGUCGUUUGUGCGAAAGGUUGAAGAAAGAGAAGAAGAUUCUUGUCGUUUUAGAUGACAUUUGGGCAAAAUUGGACCUGAUGGAAGUGGGGAUUCCUUUGGGAGACGAGGAUCAGGGAUGCACCAUACUGCUGACAUCCAGAGAUCUUAAUGUUUUGUUGGAGAUGGAUGCUAAAAAGAGUUUUCAAAUCGGCGUUUUAGAACAUGAAGAAGCAUGGCAUUUCUUCAAGAAGAUUAUAGGGGAUGGUGUUGAAAGUUCUGACUUCUUGCCUAUAGCAACUGAGGUAGCUAAAAAAUGUGGUGGUCUACCAAUUGCCCUUAGAACACUUGCGACGUCUUUGAGAAAUAAACCUCAAUUUGUAUGGGAGGAUGCUUUGCGACAACUAAGCAAGCCAUCGUCGAGCAACUUCAAAGGAGUACCAGCAACUGUAUAUUCAACUAUAGAGUGGAGUUUCGAUCGUUUACAAAGCGAGGACCAUAAACAGACUUUCUUGCUUUGCAGUCUAAUGGGUCAUAAUGCUCCGCUUGAGCUUUUGCUUCUGUUUGCAAUGGGGUUGGGGUUAUUUCAUGGUGUCAACACAGUUGAAGAAACACGGAAUAGACUAUUGACAGUGGUGAGUGAUCUCAAAGCCUCUUGUUUGUUACUUGAUGGUAAUACCAAUAAGCAAUUUGAUAUGCAUGAUCUUAUUUCUGAUGUGGCCAUGUCAAUCGCUUCUAGAGGCAACUCUGUGUUUGUUUUAAGAUACAAACAUGAUUCGAAUGAUUGGCCUGAUGAUGAAACAGUGAAAGAGUGCGAUAAAAUAUCAUGUUUUGGUAUGAGCGAGCUUCCUGAUCAGUUGAAAUGCCCCAAACUUACUUUUUUAGGUAUGGGUAGCAAGGAUCCUUGGAUGAAAAUACCAACAAACUUUUUUAAGGAAACGAAAAAUCUUAAAGUCCUAUAUUUGCUUGGCAUGAAUUUAUCGUCCUUGCCUUCAAUUUCCUUGCUAGGAAACCUUCGAGCACUAUGCUUGAGAAAUUGUGUGUUGGGAGAUAUGGCCCUUUUUGGAGAGCUCAAGAAUCUGGAAAUUCUUAACAUUAUUAAUUCUGAUAUUGAAAUGCUACCGGAGGAAAUAGGACAACUGACUAAGCUAAAGCGGUUAAAUUUACGUCGUUGUUCCAAACUCAAAAGAAUUUCACCUGGUGUCUUGUGUAAAUUGUCUAGAUUAGAAGAACUGUAUAUGCGUGACAGUCUUGUUGAAUGGGGUGCAGAGGGAAACUCCAGUAAGGAAAGCAAUUCAAGUCUUGCUGAGUUAAAUGCUUUGUCACGUUUAACUGCUUUAGAAAUUCAGAUCCCUAAUGCCAAGAUUAUUCCCAAAGGCUUCUCCUUUGAAAAGUUGCAAAGAUACAUUAUUUUCAUCGGAGAAGCAUCGUAUUGGGAUUGGAAUUGGGAUUGGGUUUAUAAAUACUCCAGAACACUAAAGCUUAACCUGCAGACAAACAUUAGCUUUCUUAAUAAUGGAGUUAAAGUUUUAUUAAAGAAAGCUGAAAAUUUAUAUAUAGAUGAAGUGAAAGGUGUGGAGAUUUUGGUACAUGAUCAAUCAGAAGUUGGGAAUUAUUUUCUGCAACUGAGGAAUCUGCAUAUCCAAAAUGGUGAGAUGGUCCAAUAUAUCCUUAAAGAUAGUGAUGCGGUUCAGAAAAUUGAAUUUCUUCAACUUGAGUCACUGACAUUGCAGGGUCUACCGAAUCUCAUUAGCUUUUGCUCCAAAAAAGAAAGUUCAACUUCCAUAUCUCCACAAGAAAGUGCCCUUUUCAAGCAAAAGAUAUUGUUUCCUAAGCUGGAGAAGUUGAAACUAUCCUCAAUUGGCAUUGAAAGAAUAUGGAGUCCCCAAGCGUUUUGUUCAACUCAAAAUUUGACAAGUUUGAUCAUUGAGGGCUGCGCCAACUUAAAAUAUGUCUUAUCUGACUCCAUGCCUGAAUAUUUGCAGCAGCUCAAAUGCUUGGAAAUUAGUGAAUGCAAGUGCAUACAGGAAAUAAUAUCAACGGAUAAGAUGAUCCAACAAACAUUCAAAAAUAGAGCUCUAAUCCGCUUCCCCCGAUUGAACUCCCUCAAAUUGAAGGGUCUUCAGAAACUCAUCGGAUUUUGCCAUGAAGAUUAUACCGUUGAAUUCCCAGUCUUAACGAUUCUUGAGAUAGAAAAUUGUUCAGAGUUGAAGGAAUUCAUCCAUAAUUCUGUGAGGAAAGAUAUCCCUACCCAUGAAGUUUUGUUCAAUAAUAAGGUUGCUUUUCCCAACUUGGAGAAAAUCACAAUCUCCCAUUUGAGGAAUGUAAAGAGGAUAUGGUUCGACCAACUUCAUACGAAUUCCUUUUCUAUGCUAAAAGAGUUGACUGUUAAGGAAUGUGAUGCAUUGUUGAACAUCUUUUCACCUUUUCUUUUGGGGCUUUUCCAAAGAUUGGAGAAAUUAAUAGUGAUUGAUUGUGCUUCACUAGAACAAGUGUUCCAACUCCAAGUACAAGAUUUAGAUAUUGAGGAAACAUAUGUGAUAGACAGUCAAUUAAAAAAAGUGAAUCUCGUUCGCCUACCAAAGUUGAAGCAUGUUUGGACCAAGAAUCACAAAGGAAAUAUUUCUUUUGAAAGUCUACAACAAGUAACCAUUCAGGAAUGUUGGAGCUUGAAAGCUUUGUUUCCAUUUUCAAUUGCCAACAAUCUUCAGCAACUUGAAGCACUUACUAUUAAUAGGUGUGGGUUAGAGGAGAUUGUUUCAAAGAGCGUUGAAGAAUCGGACGAACAGGAAAUUUGUUUUGCAUUUAAUAAGUUGUUCUACCUUCAACUUUGGAAUCUACCAUCCCUAACAUAUUUCUACCCAAGAAUGCAUAAAACAACAUGGACUGCACUAAAGCAAUUAAGCAUAUUUAGCUGCGGGAGGAUUAAGAUAUUUGGGCAUGAAGAAUCCCAAAUCCAACAUCCACUUUUCCUCAUUGAAAAGGUUAUCCCUCAAUUGGAGAGUGUUUCAGUUAGUCAUGGUGAUAUUGAGAUGAUAAGUGAUGGCCAGUAUGAAUCCGACUUAUUUUGCAAUAUAAAAUUUCUUCGGAUUUCUUGCUACUCUGAUGUAUCAGCUGUUUUCCCAAUUUCUUUCCUUAAAAGGUUUUACAAUCUUGAAAGCCUUGAGCUGGGCUCUUGCAAUUUCAAAGAGCUAGCUUCUUUUGAAAGCGAUGCAUGUGAAGAUGAAGACAUGAUCAUCACGAUCCCAAAGAUCAAGAAGUUGAAAUUGGUUCUGAUUAAGAACAUAAGACAUCUGUGGAAACAAGACUCCCUGCUUGACCAUAUUUGUGCAAGCCUCAAAUGUCUUGAAGUUUGGCAGUGUCACAAUUUGAUUAAUUUAGGAUUAGAUCUUUCAUUUUUUAAAACUCUUACAACUUUAGAUGUCUGGAAGUGCAAUGGGAUGUCAGAAUUGAUUACAUCUUUCAAAGUCCAAAGUUUGGUGUGCCUUGUUACUAUGAGGAUAAGAGAAUGUGAAGUGAUGAGAGAAGUAGUUGCAAGUGACGGGGAUGAAGCAUCAUACGAUAUUGUUUUUAGAGUGCUGAAACGUUUGGAGCUUCAUUGUUUACAAAACCUCACAAGCUUUUGUUCAGGGAAUUACACCUUAUGGUGUCCAUCCUUAGAACAACUUACUUUGAGCCAGUGUCCCAGAAUGAAGAACUUCUAUCAAGGAAAGCUAAUCACACCAAAACUGCAUAAAGUGCAGUUAACAGAAACAGAUGUUAGGGGACGUUGGGCUGGUGACCUUAAUGCCACGGUGGAGCAAUUAUAUAAAGAGCAGGUUGGAUAUCGUGGUCUAAAGCAUUUGAAGUUCUCAAAGUUUCCGGAGCUGAUAGACAUAUGGAGUAAAAAUCCUCCAGAAAUGUUGGAUUUUACAACUCUUGAAUUUCUGGAGAUUUGUGAUUCCAACAAUUUGAGGUACAUUUUUUACCUCUCAACGGCCUUUAGUCUAGGGCAACUCCGGCAAAUGGAAAUCAAGAGAUGCAGUAAUUUGGAACAAGUCAUCCAAGAAGAGUGUCAAAUUACAAUGGCUGAGGAAGCAAUAACAGAUAGUAGCAAGAUCAUUGGCAUAUUCCCUCGCCUACAAUCCAUUAUAGUGGAGUCUUGUCCAGAUAUGACAAGCUUUUACCGGGGAAGUAAAUGUCUUGAAUUUCCAUCCUUGGUUAAAAUUAAGGUAACUGGCUGUUCAAACAUGACUACUUUUGUUUCUACAUUUUCAAGAGAUGAAGAUAAAGAAGUAAUAAUUGGUGACGAAGUUGAUAACGUUACUACAUUUUUCUCCGACAAGGUUGUUUUUCCCAAGUUGGAGAACCUCACAAUCUCCCAUUUGAGGAAUGUGAAGAGGAUGUGGUAUAAGCAGCGUUGUUCAAAAUCAUUUUCUAAUUUGAAAGACUUGGAAGUGGAGCAUUGUGAUUCAUUGUUGAACAUUUUCCCACAUUUUUUCCUUGGAGUUUUCCAAAGGUUGGAGAAAUUAAGAGUAACUGAUUGUGCUUCACUAGAAGAAGUGUUCCAACUCCAACUCCAAAUCCAAAUGUUAGAUAUUGAAGAAGCAUGCAUCGUGACCACCAGUAAAUUAAGACAAGUGAAACUCUUUCGCUUGCCAAAGUUGAAGCAUGUAUGGAACAAGGAUCCCAAUGAAAAUAUUUCUUUUGAAAAUCUUCGAGAAAUACAUGUCCAAGAAUGUUGGAGUUUGAAAACUUUGUUUUCAUUUUCAAUGGCCAAAGAUCUUCAUCAACUUAAAAGCCUUAUUGUGGAUAGUUGCGGGGUGGAGGAGAUUGUUUCAAAAAGUGUUGAAGAAUCAGACCAACAUGAAGUGUUGUUUGAAUUUAAUCAGUUAUCCUUCCUUGCACUUUGGACUUUACCAAAUCUCGUAUGUUUCUAUCCAGGAAUGCACCACAUAACGUGUCCUAUGUUAAAAAGGCUGAAGACACAUUGGCCCAAAAAGAUUACGAAGUUAAGCCAUGUAGUGUCACAACUGCUACUCGUUGAAAAGAUAAUACCUCAACUGGAACACAUUUCACUUACUACUGAUGACAUUGCAACGAUCACCGGUGGCCAAUUUGCGAUUGACUUGUUUUCCCAUAUUAAAGUUCUUGAAAUCACUGAACACCUCAAUGAUUCAACAGUUUUUUCAUUCCGUUUCCUACAAAGAUUUUCCAAUUUGGAAAAGAUUGAGAUGGUCAAUUGCAAUUUUAAAGAGUUGUCUCCUUACGAAGGUGAUGUUGGUGAGGAGAGAGACGUGACAAUGUUGCUCCCACGAAUUAAGCAGUUAACAUUGAAAGGUGUUGAUAAGAUGACACAUCUAUGGAAGCAGGGCUCUCCCCUCCAUCACAUUUGUACUAAUCUUGAAACUCUUGAAGUUCACAAGUGUGGCAGCUUAAUCAAUAUAGAACGUGCUUCCUCAUCUUUGCGAAAUCUGACAACUUUGGAGGUUGGUUACUGCAAAGAGAUGGUAGAGCUGAUUACAUCCUCGAAAGCCCAAUGUUUGGAGCAGCUUGUUACACUGAAGAUAGGAGGAUGUGAAAUGAUGAGAGAAGUAAUUGCAAGUGAUGGAGAUGAAGCAACAUAUCAAGAGAUUAUUUUCGAGGAGUUGAAAUGUUUGGAGCUUAAGGGUUUACAAAACCUCAAAAGCUUUUGUUCAGGGAACUACACUUUGAAGUUCCCAUCAUUGGAUGACAUAACAGUGAUUGACUGUCCCGCGAUAGAGAAUUUUUGCAAUGGAGCUUUAAGCACGCCAAAGCUACAAGAGGUACAAACAGGACGGGAUGUUAGAAAAUGUACUUGGGACCUUAAUUCUACCAUUGAGCAGUUAAACAAAGAAGAAUAUGUGGUGUCUGAAGAGACGGACAAAAUAAUUGAAGUGAGAUAAUGAUUUCGAAAUGAAAAGCCAAAAGGAGAGGUAUUUUGAAGAGGUUCUUAAAUGGCAAUUUCUUGUGAGCAAGUACUGUAUCUUGACUUUGGAGAUUUGAUGGUUUUGUAUUCUUGGGAUUGUAUUUCAAGCAUUCUUUGUGUUUUCAGACAAUUUGAUCUUGUUAACAUGUCAAAUAUAUUAGCCUGCUUUAUUAUCCA